AUGUCAAAGAUUGAAGAGAUCGACACACGUGUUAAAGCAGACCUAUACGAUAUUGGCUAUCACAGAUGGUCUCAGGUGAGGGCUUCAACAGAUUACAUCCAUACUGUGAUAGAUGGUGUGAAGAGCUUCAUUGUUUGCCUUCAAAACAAUAGAUGUAGCUGUGGACAAUUCCAGCUUGAUGAACUUCCUUGUCCACAUGCUUUGGCGGCUUUGAGGCACAUGAACGAGUCUUAUGAAAACUAUUGUUCUCCUUAUUACAUGAGGGAGAGCCUUCUGCAGACUUAUGAAAUACCAGUAGACCCGCUGCCUGAUGAAAGCAAAUGGAAUGUGCCACAACAUAUAGUUGAAGAAGUUGUAAUGCCACCUAUUGGGAGAAGGCAGCCAGGGAGACCUAAAAAAUAA